AUGGGGUUAAGAACGGCCCUUACGAAGCCCUUUGUCGCGCUUGUAGCUUCUAUGGACCGACGCAUCGAUCUCAUGGAUGAGCCUUUGAAACGUCAUAUCCAACACCAUAACAAUUCAGGGGAGGACCUAUGCGCCAGUGUUUGGCAUGAAUAUUGGUCGUACCAAAAAGCGCUCUUACCGUAUCGCAAAACAAGGCUUUUAAACGAGCUGAGCUAUAUGGCAAGGGGGAAAAUAUCGCUGGCUAGCAUGGGCGUAAAAGACAUUAUUCUCUUCUCCCGUGUCUUGACAAAAUGUUUGUUUCUUUUUAUCAUCUUUGUAAUUAUAGGUCGACGCUCUGUUUUUCCGUCUUUGGAGCCCAAUUCUGUCUUUGUCCAAGAAAUCAACACAAACUGGCAACCAAACCACAAACGCGGUCUGUUGAUUAAGGAACUUUAA